AUGUCUAUUGCGGGGGCUGGCGCCAAGCUCAGCGUCGCGUUGUACAACUUCACGAAUUCAGCCGCGCGGGCAGAUCAAGACGUCAAAGACAUUGCCGAUGACGUAGAGCUCACGUCGAAUGCGCUCGAAAGCGUAGGCAGAGUGUUUGAGUCCGAGGAGGCCGGAUCCAUCGUGUCGAAGAAGGCUAUCCAGGACGCUAACAACAUCAUCAAAAAGUGCCAAAGCGUCUUCCACGAAGUAUCAGAGAUGGUAGAGAAGAGGAGAAAGACUGCAAAGGAUGGAAAGAAAAGCUUGAGCGUGAUGGGUAAGCUGGCCUGGCCGAUGAAGGAACAGCGGGUCGAAUUGAACCGAAGGAGACUUGAGAGUUUGAAGAACAGCCUUGUGCUUUUGUUGCAUGUCUUGCAAUUAGCCCAAGGUCAGGCGCGAGGAAAAAUGGAAAAAGGUGUCUUGGAUGAAGAGCGUGAGAAGAUCCGCGAACUGCACCAGCGACAGCAGGACUCACUCAAAAGCCUGCAAGCUCUCGAAAACAGAUUCUGUCAUAUCGCAAUCAAUGACGAAGAAACCCUUCGAGGAUCAAGCGUCGCCUCUUGUGUUCCAACUUUGGAGCUUAUGGCCAACGCUCCGGUUAUGGAGCUGCCUCCGCUAGAGAAAGUCCCAAAGCUUCAGCCAAACACCAUUACCAUCGAACUUUCGACCCCAAAUGAUUCGGACACUUCUGACAGCGACGCAACGGUGUCAGGCGAUGACAAUCAAGAGCAGAUCUCGACCGAAGAGCUGGCAAAAGCAGCGGACCAUGUGAAGAAACUCUUAAAGCGCAUCACAAUGCUACAGAAGAGCUUCGAUGUCGACAAGAAGAAACAUCGAAAGCGACACGUGUACAAGAUUUAUCAACGCUUCUGCCGAAAGUUUGAAUCAGGCAUCAAGCUUCCGUCAGCUGUCGACUUUGGAAAGGUUGCUCCAUUCAUCGACUUCAAUAUGGACGAUAACGGAGGCCAAUUAGAGAGCUUUGACUUUGACAGCUUUCUUCACGUUGAUGAUGAGAACACGCAGUUUCCAUUGGAUGGUUUUUAUUUCAGCCAAGGGCAGCGUGCAGUGUCUCAGCAGACAACCAAUCUCGAUGCCAUACCGUCCACGCAGAGCUCACAGUACCCGCCUCUUGUGUCCCAUGAAUCUGUCGAAACGGUUCCAUCAUUCGAUGCGCAAACGCCCCAUUAUCCUCCAGUGCCGAGUGGAAGUGCAGCCUCAGACUUUCCGUUGGAUCUGUCUGGUCAGCAACAACGACCUAGUCUUGGUCAAGGACAUUCAGCACUGGCUCAGCAGACUCCUGAAGCAUUAUCGCAGACGCUCAAGCGCAAUCCAUGGCUCAACAACAGGCUCAAGCGCAAUCCAUGGCUCAACAACAGGCUCAAGCACAGCACCAAAAAGCUCAAGCGCAGCACCAACAAGCUCAAGCGCAGCGCCAUCAAGCUCAUUGGCAGCACCAACAAGCUCAUUCGCAAGCUGCAAUGCAGCCAAUGUCAGGAAUGA